AAAACUUAACGGAAAAACAAGAAAAAUAUUUGGAAAAAGAAUAUACCAAAUUGGAAAAGAUUACCAAAAAACCCCGUGAAUAUCACAUCAAGGAGGCGUUAAUUAGGUAUAUGUUGCAUAUGGAACAAGAUAUCAAAAAGCCCGAAAUCAGAAAAGAAAUUGAAAAAAUAAUGGCUAAGAGAGAACUCCCCGACCGCCAUAUUGCCGUAGCGUUAUUUGGAUAUAUAGAUGGGGGAUAUUAA